UGCCCCGCCCCCGUCGCGGCUUUCUCCGCAGCCGGAGCGGCGUCGCCGGGCUGCUGAGGCGGCAGCUGAGGAAGCGGUGUCGCGACCCCGCUGCGUCCCGGGCCCUGGCCCGGCGCGGCCUUGCGAGCCCCUGCGUCGGCGGACGAUGGUGUGGCGGAGCGCGCGUACGCGGGCGGCGCGGCGGCGGGCAUGAAGGAGGAUGGAAGGGCAGGACGAGGUGUCCGCGCGGGAGCAGCACUUCCACAGCCAAGUGCGGGAGUGCACGAUAUGUUUCCUUCUUUUUGCCAUUCUCUACAUCGUUUCCUACUUCAUCAUCACAAGAUACAAGAGAAAAUCAGAUGAACAAGAAGAUGAAGAUGCCAUAGUCAACAGGAUUUCGUUGUUUUUGAGCACCUUCACUUUAGCAGUUUCAGCUGGGGCUGUUUUGCUUUUACCCUUCUCAAUAAUCAGCAAUGAAAUCCUGCUUUCUUUUCCUCAAAACUACUAUAUUCAGUGGCUAAAUGGCUCCCUGAUUCAUGGUUUGUGGAAUCUUGCUUCUCUCUUUUCCAACCUUUGUUUAUUUGUGUUGAUGCCCUUUGCAUUUUUCUUUCUGGAGUCAGAAGGUUUUGCUGGCCUGAAAAAGGGAAUCCGAGCCCGUAUCUUGGAAACUCUGGUCAUGCUGCUGCUGCUUGCAUUACUGAUUCUUGGGAUAGUAUGGGUGGCUUCAGCACUGAUUGACAAUGAUGCUGCAAGCAUGGAAUCUUUAUAUGACCUCUGGGAGUUCUACCUACCCUAUUUAUAUUCCUGUAUAUCAUUGAUGGGAUGUUUGUUACUUCUCUUGUGUACACCAGUUGGCCUUUCCCGUAUGUUCACAGUAAUGGGUCAGUUGCUAGUGAAGCCAGCAAUCCUUGAAGACCUGGAUGAGCAAAUUUAUAUUAUUACCCUAGAAGAAGAAUCACUCCAGAGACGACUAAAUGGUCUGUCUUCAUCGGUGGAAUACAACAUAAUGGAGUUGGAACAAGAACUUGAAAAUGUAAAGACUCUUAAGACAAAGCUAGAGAGGCGAAAAAAAGCUUCAGCAUGGGAAAGAAAUUUGGUGUAUCCUGCUGUUAUGAUUCUACUUCUUAUUGAGACAUCCAUCUCGGUCCUGCUGGUGGCCUGUAAUAUUCUCUGCCUGCUUGUUGAUGAAACAGCAAUGCCAAAGGGAGCAAGGGGGCCUGGAAUAGGAAAUGCCUCUCUCUCUACGUUUGGUUUUGUGGGAGCUGCACUUGAAAUCAUUUUGAUUUUCUAUCUUAUGGUGUCUUCUGUUGUUGGUUUCUAUAGUCUCCGAUUUUUUGGAAACUUUACACCCAGGAAGGAUGACACAACUAUGACAAAGAUCAUUGGUAAUUGUGUAUCAAUCUUAGUCUUGAGCUCUGCUCUACCUGUGAUGUCAAGAACUCUGGGAAUCACUAGAUUUGAUCUACUUGGAGACUUUGGAAGGUUUAAUUGGCUGGGGAAUUUCUAUAUUGUAUUAUCCUACAAUUUGCUCUUUGCCAUUGUGACAACAUUGUGUCUGGUCAGAAAAUUCACCUCGGCUGUACGAGAAGAACUUUUCAAGGCCCUAGGGCUUCAUAAGCUUCACUUACCCAGUGCUUCAAGGGACUCAGACUCAACCAGGCCUUCUGCAAAUGGGCAUCAGAAGGCACUGUGAGACCCGAGCUGGCGCCACUCGCAAGCAGGAGCCCCGGGAACUCCACACUCACGGCACUCCUGUCAGACAUAGAGCGUUUCAUGCGACUUUGGUCUGUGUUUAGGGCUUGGGUCUAUCUAUGUCAUUUUCUUCAUGAUCUCAGAACCUGGCUAUUACUGAUCUUGUUUUUUAAAUGUAGCUUUCUGACGGACCCUAGAGUUCCUAGUUAAACGCAGGUUCUUAGUGAUGUUGUGGAAAAGCACAUUCUUCUGCAGACCCCUUUGCUCCUGUCCAUCAAUACCAUCAUCCAGAUGAAAAGUCCCCACCUGCAGCGAACAUGGGAAGAAAGGCAGACAUCCAGACUCCCUGCAGAUUCACUCACUCCCCAUUGUGUGUUUCAUGAGGAUGCAAAAGCCUUCGAAAGGCCCUGUUGGCCCCAAGUGAAGCUUCUUCAGAAAAUGCAGUUUCUAGAUUCUGAAGUGUUUUUUUGAGACUGGAUCUCACUAUGUUGCCUAGGCCAGCCUCAGCCUCCCAAUCCUUCUGCCUCAGCCUCCAGAAUGCUGGGAUGACAGGAGAGCAUCACCACAGCUGGUUUCAGAUUUCAUAGAAACUGCUCAUCUUGAUCACCAUAGCAGCGGGUGCACUGGGACUGUAAUGAUUACACAUUGUAUUUUUAUUUACUAAGAACAGUUUCCGAUAUAUGUUAUAGAGAGUUCAUUAGACUUUGAGCCAAGGGAAAAAUACUAAAUUCUUUUAAAACUCGAGUUUAGUGACAACCACAGGAAUAUCUUCUGUUGUACCGUAUAGUAAGCUGUUAUAGGGAAAGUACUACGUAAUUACAGUUAAUGGACAGUUUAUGUGCAUAUGACUCAAGGUCACCUCUCGUGACAGUUACCAGUGGUGAGUACACUCAAAACUUAGGUUUUGCCUUUUGUGCUACAUGUACACUUAAAACUUUUUAAAGCAUUUUUUUUCAAAGAUCACUUAAUUUCCUGGCUUUUGUGAAAUUUAUGAAAAAUGUAAUUGCUGAGUGGUAGAAACCCCUUCUUUCCUCACAUUCUUCAGGCUCUUGCUACUUUUGUAUAUGCCAUUUUAAGCUUCCAACUUAUAAAAGUUACCAGUUCAACACCCAAACUCGUAAGAUUAGCAGUCUCAAUGUUAAUGGGCUUUGCUAGCUGUUCGGUGACCAGGUUGUAAAUAAUUGUUGGGAUGGCCUUUUGACUCUUAGUCCACAACUGAGACCAUGAUCGUGUGUUCUGGGUCGCCAUCACCAGGAGGAAGCCCCAGAUUGUGAUGCCGAAGUACAAGACUGGCCCGAUGGCACAUGGUUCAGUCCUGCCAUGCUGUAUGAAUGUGUAUGUUCACAUGCACUCUGUGUAUGGCUCUGGGUUGUCUGUGCUCACACAAAAGGGAAAGGUCAUUUUUUUUUUCCAAAUUGUUGAAUUUAAAGUUUUUUUUGGGGGGAGUAGGGACAUUUAUGAAAAAAGCAGUAUCUCCACUUAUAACCAAAAUAAUAAGAAACUUUGUAUAUACAAUUUAUAAGCUCCAUUGAGUGUACUUCUCCUUUAUUUAUACCUCUGCAUUGCUUUUUGAGCUCAUCUUUUUAAAACGCAGCUGAGUUUUAAGAUUAAAAAACAAAAACAUUCAUUUUCAUUUGUGGUUCUCAUCAACACUCAGUAUAUACCACCAAUCUAUUGGUGAAUUUCUUAGCAUAAGAUGCACAUGCCUAGAAACUUAUAAAAGCCAGCUGCUUUCUAAUUUCACUGUUAAUUAUCCCGAUUUUAGUAUUAGUUGCAAGCUUUGAUUUUACUGAAACUUGGGAUCCAUACAUCAAGCAGAUCAAGUCAAGGGGAGAACAGAAGAAAACUCAGGAGUACACUAAAAUCAUCUUUAGCUUACAUCAGUUUCAGGGCACAUCCAAAGAAAGAGUUCCUGGGUAUUUGUAAGAUGUCUAAAACUUUUUUAGUAAAAUAUUAAACUUUUCAGUGUCUGUCUCCACUUCUUGUUCAUUUGAAAGUUUCUUCCACCUGAGAACUUAAGUCAGGUUUGGAUCCAUAGGCUUAAGUAGAACGAACGGGUUUUAAAUCUUCAGACACUCAUUGGGUGUAUCUUUAUUGCUAUGAGGACAGGUUGAGCUUUAAAUGGAAGAGUAGUUUCCUCUGGGAUCUCAGUGCCUUUGACUGUUAGAUACAGAGUUCUGCUGCACAGUCACAGUCCUGUGAAGCUGGGCUCUGGUCACAUCCACAGGACUCUUCCUCUGGAGUGAGAGGUUUAUUCAAAUGCAGGUGCUCUGCUGGACAUACGCUGGACACUGGUUUGUAUGAGAACCACACAAGUGGAUGGCAGCUUGCGGAAGCUACAUGUUCUGAGUACUGGUGAGGACAGUCACACUCAGGAGCCUUUCUUUUAUUGUAGUUGUGUGCUGGAGAAAAAGAAGGUGAAUAGGCUCUGAAAGAGUGCUCAGAGUUCAUUAAGUCUGCAACUACUGUUUUAUUCUAGAUGGACCAAGGUACCCCAGUGACUACAUCAGAUCAAGUGGGGUAUUCUCUUUUACCCUUAUUUUCCAUUUUAAAAGGGCAUCGGGCACUAUAUUUAACAAGGUUGUUGAGGGGGUUUAGCUUUAUAUCUUUAAUUGGGUCUAUAAUAUUUAAAUGAUUUUUACAGUUAAAAAUUUUGUAGAUUAUAACAUUUGUAUUGGUUUUUACUGCUUUUCCAGGGUAUUUCUUAGAUUUAAUACCCACAUAGGCUUAUGUACAUCCUGUUUUAUAGACCUGUUCUAAGCCAGGCUUUAUGUGAAAUUGCACGCAUGUGUGCGCGCGCAUACACACACACACACUCUGUUCCUUACAUUGCUGUGCUGAGGGACUGGUCAGUGGGUGGGGAGGAAGCCUGGGUUUUUCUGCCUGUCACGUGCCCCUGCUUGCAGCAGCCACCUCCACCUGGCUUUGCGGGGUGCUGCAGACCAUCUUUGAAGUUUCAGUAACGACUUCGCGGGCCCGUGGCACAGGGUCCCCUUGUUCACAAGCCCUUGUGAGCUUGCCUGUGGUUAGCACAGUAUUUAAUGCAUACAGGAAGAGCAUAAAUGGAGUACUGACUUUUUGAGCUUUAAAAAACUGGUAUAAUGUUACUUUUAAAAGCAACGUUUGGGCACACUGAUAGAUUAUUUUGUUUAUAGAUUGUUUUCUUUACAAAUCAUCUUUAUUUCUAUGAGAUACUUUCAGUGUGACUUUUAAAAUGUUCUAGAAAAUUAAAGUUUUACAAAAAGUAAUUUCAUAUUUGGUUUACAAAUACUUAAAUGUAUAUAUUUUAGUAUUAAAUACCAUCAUGUCUAAAGCUUUUUUUAUAGGUGAAUUCCAUUUUAGUUUUACAAGGGGCAAUAAUUAUUCUGGUGAACAGAUGAGUAGAGGAAGAGGGGGAUAUUGUCACUCUCUUUUUGUUGUAGAGUUCUUAGCAGAAAAAUUCUGCAACCCAAAAUGUCACACCAAUAGUUGAAAGCACGUGUUUUUCUCCUUUGAGUUAUUGAAGCUAAUUAGAUUUGUUUAAUUUCUCUAAUUUCUCCUAGGACCGAGCAGCUCCUGCCUGUGGUCUGGCCAGCUUCACCCAGAGUCCUGCAGAGUAAGCGCUGCCAGCCUCUGUCGGUUAACUGGCAGUGCACAGGGCCUUCUGUGUACUCUUGUUCACAAUAAGCAGCACAUUUCACUUAGUA